CGAAACGGUUAGUUGUUGGUGUGUUCUUUUGUAGUCUAACGGAGUGACGCUCUUGUUGCAUGUGUCUUACAGAGAGAAUGACUUGCUACUUCGUGAGUUGUGAUAUGGCACGUUAUAAUGGAGUUCAUGCAGAUAUGACUGAGUCCGGAGUUGUUGAUUAUCAGCUGUUGCUUGGCUGUGGAUUGAACUGUCAUCGCACCGCGCUCAGCGGAGUGCAAGAACUGGAUUGCUCAGAAAAUGCCAAUAGGAUAUUUUCUCCUCUGCGACAAUGUCAUCACGCUCGUGGAUUGUCACUCCUCCAUCUCACUACCAAAACGAACCUUGUCCCACGGAGAACUUCGACUAUUUUGCUGUUCCGCUGUCUAACUGUUAACAGAACUGAAUAUUGGUUGUUACCAUUGGUAAACCACUGGACACCCUUGGUAAGCGAAUAUUGAGGUGUUGUAAU